AUGUUUGCUGCCACCCCACGCCCAGCAGUUUGGGUUGUUUCAAGUAUGAACAUGGUAUAUGCGCUGCAGCCGACAUUUGGGCAUCCAACAGCACGAAUUCGUCUGUCUUAUGCGGCGUUCACAUGUCCGCCUGUGUAUACUCUUGAGAAGUUGGCCCCAACCAACUCCUUUCAAGUCGUUCUAGUCCACUGCCAAGCCCCUUCACACUCUGCCGCCAAAUCUCGCCUCAUUCUCCUCCAUCUGUUUCGUAAUUCGUAUUUUCUACCAGAAUAA